UUGGAAUGGUCUUAGUCUAUUCCCCAGAUCCAACUAGCCAUUGCUAAGAACCGACCCCUCACUCCACUCGGACUACUUCAUCUGGGUCCAUAUUUUAACAUCGAGAUAUCUUCCAUUCGUCCGCAACUCAUCGAGUUUCAUCUACACUUCUACGUCAACAUCUGUUACACAUUAGUCUCCCUCACACAAUGGACGGUCCUGACCAGAUAGGCCCGGACUACCGGCCUAAGCGGACUUGGAAUGACGUCGGCCGCCGCUUGGUCAAAACCUUCACCACAAGAGAGGGCCUCAUUGGAGACUAUGAUUACGCCUACUUGUUCACUCCGAAUAUCCCCUUCAUCACAAAGAAACGAAGCUCUGCACCAUUCUUCGGGCUCGAAGACAAUGUACCUAUCGUAUUAGCUAUGCUGCUUGGACUACAACAUGCACUGGCAAUGCUGGGUGGCAUUAUUUCACCUCCUAUCUUGAUCGGAGGCACAUCUGGUGCCAACUUCGGAACAGAAGACUACCAAUACCUCGUCUCAACGUCCCUCAUCGCUUCCGGUAUCUUGUCCGCCAUUCAGAUGUUCCGUUUCCACAUCUACGGAACGAAAUACUACAUUGGUACUGGCUUGACUUCAGUGGUGGGAAUCUCCUUUGCUACAAUCACCGUCGCAACCGGUGGUUUCGAACAAAUGUACUCCAGUGGAUACUGCCCGACCGCCGAGGACGGAACCAAGCUGCCCUGCCCUAAGGGUUAUGGCGCUCUACUGGGAACAUCGUGCUUGUGUGCGCUUCUCGAGAUUGGCCUUUCCUUCAUGAGCCCUAAAAUUCUGAGACGUGUCUUUCCUCCCCUCGUCACUGGUCCCACUGUUCUCCUGAUUGGAGCCAGUCUUAUCGAAUCCGCUUUCCAGGACUGGGCAGGUGGCUCUGGAACCUGCUCCGAGAAUCCCGGAAACGGUGCCUUGUGUCCUAGCGCGGACGCACCGCAUGCUCUGCCUUGGGGAAGUGCGGAGUUUAUCGGUCUCGGAUUUCUGGUAUAUGUCUCGAUCAUUCUCUGUGAGCGGUUUGGAGCGCCUAUCAUGCGAUCUUGCUCGGUCGUGGUGGGAUUGUUGGUAGGAUGUAUCGUGGCGGCUGCCUGCGGAUACUUUGAUCGAUCGGGCAUCGACGCUGCGCCGGUGGCCUCCUUUAUCUGGGUGAAGACAUUCCCGCUGACCAUCUACCCGCCCAUGAUCCUUCCACUGCUGGCAGUGUACAUUGUGGUCAUGAUGGAAUCGAUUGGUGACAUUACCGCUACUUGCGACGUAUCCCAGGUCGAAGUUGAAGGCCCCACCUUCGACUCGCGUAUUCAGGGUGGUGUUCUUGGUAACGGUCUCACCAGUGUGCUGGCCGGCCUCAUGACCAUGACGCCGAUGUCGGUGUUUGCCCAGAACAACGGUGUCAUCGCGCUGACCAAGUGCGCCAACCGCACAGCUGGUUACUGCUGCUGCUUCUUCCUGAUCAUUAUGGGAAUCUUCGCCAAAUUUGCCGCGGCACUGGUUGCCAUUCCCAAUAGUGUUCUUGGUGGCAUGACGACGUUCCUCUUCUCCUCUGUGGCGAUUUCCGGUGUUCGCAUUAUCACCAAUGUUCAAUUCACUCGUCGCAACCGAUUCAUCCUGACCGCUUCGUUUGCAGUUGGUAUGGGCGCCACCCUGGUAUCCGACUGGUUCGACUACGUCUUUACCUACAGUGGUAACAACCGUGGCUUGACAGGAUUGCUGGAUGCUAUUGAUCUGGUGAUGGAGAACGGGUUCGCCAUCACCGCUCUGAUCGGGCUGAUCCUCAAUUUGAUCCUUCCGGAGGACCCAGAGGAGGAGGCGGCGAUUCUGGAGGCCCGGGGUGAUUACCGACGAAGCGAGGAGGUGAUGACAUCGAGGGAGAGCACGCAGUACACCAAGGGCGAGCCCUCGAGUGUUUAAUCCUGUUUUCUAGUUUGUUUGAUUUUGAUUGGCGAUAUGGUUAUAUUUGGAUACCCUGACCUAGACGGUCAUUUGAUUUAAUACGACAAUUUUAUUAUCGAG